GCGCUCAAGACGCAGCGCCAGCGACGCAUUCCUACCAGGCGUCGGCACCGCCGCCCUAGGACUUCGCCGCGCCAGAUCGCACCAGCAGCUUGGCCAAUCAGCGCUCGCGAACUGCGCCUUCUCAGAGCUGCGGCAGCCAUGGCUGUCAGAAGAGCACUGAUCGUACUGGCUCACUCAGAGAGGACGUCCUUCAACUAUGCCAUGAAGGAGGGUGCUGUAGAGACUUUGAAGAGGAAAGGAUGGGAGGUCACCGAGUCAGACCUCUAUGCCAUGAAGUUCAACCCCAUCAUUUCCAAAAAUGACAUCAAGGGUAAACUAAAGAACCCAGAGAACUUUCAGUAUCCUGCUGAGUCUGUUCUAGCUUAUAAAGAAGGUCGUUUGAGCCCAGAUAUUGUGGCUGAACAAAAGAAGCUGGAGGCUGCAGACCUUGUGAUAUUUCAAUUCCCACUGCAGUGGUUUGGAGUCCCUGCCAUUCUGAAAGGCUGGUUUGAGCGAGUGCUCAUAGGCGAGUUUGCUUACACAUAUGCUGCCAUGUAUGACAAGGGACCUUUCCGGAACAAGAAGGCAGUGCUUUCCAUCACCACUGGUGGCAGUGGCUCCAUGUACUCUCUGGAGGGUGUUCACGGGGACAUGAAUAUCAUUCUCUGGCCAAUUCAGAGUGGCAUUCUGUAUUUUUGUGGCUUCCAAGUUUUGGAACCUCAGCUGACAUACAGCAUUGGGCACACUCCACUGGAUGUCCGGAUCCAGAUCCUGGAAGGAUGGAAGAAACGCCUGGAGAAUAUUUGGGAUGAGACUCCAUUGUAUUUUGCUCCAAGCAGCCUCUUUGACCUAAACUUCUUAAUGAAAAAAGAGAUACAGGAUGAGCAAAAAACCCAGAAAUUUGGCCUUUCUGUGGGCCAUCACUUGGGCAAGUCCAUCCCAACUGACAGCCAGCUCAAAGCCAGAAAAUGAGAUGCAUAGGACUUGAUUUCCUUCUAAAAUGCAGUUAUAUCUAGGUAUCCUUUUCAAGAUUCCUUGACUUGCUUUGGUUUUCAAAAUUUGGGUUUUUCAUGAGGAGUGAAUAGAGAGAAUAGACUGUACUUGUACACUUUUGGAUAGUUUUAUUCUUAAAUUUUACUGAUUCUUUUGAUUGUUACCAUGGCAUAUGACCAAAAUCCAGUUAGGGUGAAGAGGUCACUUAGGAUAUAAAACGAAAGGGCGCAGAAAUAUGCUAGAGAAUAUUCUUAAGGUCAUCUACACAAUUUAAUCCCUCUUUUUAUAGCUAAAUUUUUGUGUAUGCUGUUGGCUAAACAGUAUCUAGGAGCCCUGGUAGCACAGUAGUUAAGAGCUAUGGCGAGCUAUGGCUGCUAACCAAAAGAUCAGCAGUUCAAAUCCACCAGUCACUUCUUGGAAACUCUAUGGCAGAGUUCUGCUCUGUCCUACAGGGUCGCUGUGAGUCAGAAUCAACUUGACAGCAACAAUUUUUUUUUUUUUAAAUGGGUGAACAGCAUCUAACUCUUCAGUUACCUAUUUGUCUUUUAAUUACCUCUCUGUGGUUUAUGGCAAAGGGGAAAUGUUCAGAGAAAGAAAUGACUGAGUCUGUCCGACCUAAGGGACUUACCUUGUUUAGAAAUUAGUUAUCUAAUGCUUGUUUAUGAUAUAUGUUGGUUUUAAUGACUACAGUGACUUAUAUGCUUAACAUGAGAGCGAUUCUUCCUUCAACCUUUGUUGUCUGUAUACAGUGCACGCAGAUACAUUGAAAUGAAAAGCUAAUAGAAGUUUCUUCUUUACCUCAAUCUUCCAAUUUAAUGUUUGCAGAAAUAAACCAACAGAUACACACCCUACAACUGCUACACUGAAUGAAAUCAAGAAAGGGUACCUCCGAUGCUUUAAAAAAAUUUUAAAGUGUUUAAGAUGAUAUAUAGCUGCAAAAAGGAGGACGUAAAGAAAAUGAUAAAAUUCUUAUUACUAAUCCAUUAAGAACUCCAUAAUUGCCUUACAACAAUUUCUAUUAAACUUGAAAUUAUAUCAUUUUGGAGUUGUGAGGGACCAUAGAAACCAUUUCAUUUACUAGUACCCCUCUUCCAACCACUCAGUAACAACAAUUUUACAAAUAACUGAAUGCUUGUAGUCAGCCUUCUACCAAAAGUACUUGUGAUCUGUAGUAAGUUCUGGAAGGUUAUUUUCUGUACCAUUGAUAAACUGACAACUGCCCUUUUAAUGAUGUGUUUUGGUCCCAUGACUUUUGGGAUAAAAUUGUAAGCCUAGACGUUCGUUUACUUUGGUGAACACUUUUGGCAUAAUAUUCUAAUUUCCCAUUUAAAUGAUGUAAGUGUGUCUUUUCCCACUAUUGGUAUAAUUCAAGUAGAAUAUGAUAAAAGACCGCCCUCUUGUGGUACUUUAAAAGAAAAUAAGAGAAAUGAUGCAAACUGACCUGCCAAGGUAAAUGAUGGCUACAGGCUGGAGAACCUCCUUUACCAGAUGUUGACUACUAUUGGAUAUUUUUUCCCUCUACAAUACCCACAGUGGCAGAAGGAUGGGUGUUUCAGUUUCAAAAUAUUUUCUGUUGCCUUCGUUGUCACUGCAAUUUUGUGUAAACUUCUAGAAAAGUUCCAAAUCAAAUCAAUAAAAUUAAUUUCUAUAAAACGA